UGUUAGUUGGCGCCAAGCGCAGUAUCAACUCGACUGGCGCGCUUCACUGACGCUCAAACGUCAAGAGAAUUUGCCGCGCAAAGUGACGAUUGACAUUUAAUUUUUCGAAUUAAUAAAUUAUUUCCAGCCAGUGUGAUCGAAAUGGGGAGAUAGAUAAUAUAUUGUUUUUUUAAGACGUUGGUUAUUUUUGCAUUUUCGAACUAUUUUCUUUGGUGUAGUGAAAGAAGAGUCACCAUGGCAAAGACAUUACACAUAGUAUUAUUCAGCGCAGCCCUAGCUGUGGUAUCAGCUUACCACCGCCCUGACUUACCACCGGGACCGUACUGCGGUCUGUCGACGAACAACCAGUGCUGCACAGAUCGAAAGGAUGACUGUUCACAUAAAAUACUUGAUACUCUAUGCUACUGCGAUGAAUUCUGCAACCGAACACGCGCCCAUGAUGACUGCUGUCCAGACUAUGAAGAGGUCUGCCUGGGCAUCCAACCAGACCCUGGCUUCCUCAUCCAGCCAUGUGAAUAUCGCAAUCGGCAGUACUUCCCUGGGGAUAAGAGGGCAGACAACUGUAAUACCUGCGAAUGCGUGAUCAUAGACGAACAGAAGAUGACCACAGACUGGAAAUGUGACAGUGACGUUUGUCUCAUUAGUGAGGACGUUGUCUUCGGUGUCAACCAGCCCGGUAUGACAUGGCGCGCGUCCAACUAUUCGCAGUUCUUCGGGAAGAAGUUGAAGGAGGGAUUAAUUUAUAAAUUAGGUACAUUCCCUCUAAGCCGUGAAACGAAGCGAAUGGGAGCAAUUCGAUACGACAAGAACAUUCCCUACCCUCGGGACUUCGAUGCUCGCAGACGUUGGCCGAACUUCAUCUCCCCUGUGGUGGACCAGGGCUGGUGUGGAUCUGACUGGGCUGUGUCAAUUGCUGGUGUUGCUUCUGACAGAUUCGCAAUCCAAUCAAACGGAGCGGAAGCACUGGCGCUCAGUCCGCAAACUCUUCUUUCCUGCAACAUCCGUCAACAACAAGGCUGCAGAGGUGGACAUAUUGAUGUCGCUUGGAACUUCGCGAGAGGGCACGGGUUGGUAGAUGAGCGCUGUUUCCCCUACAAAGCAGCCGUUGUACGCUGCCCAUUCAAGCCAAGAGGUAAUCUCAUAGACGAUGGCUGUAGACCUCCAGUGAAGCAGAGGACUUCAAGAUACAAGGUCGGACCUCCCGGCAGGUUGAACAAGGAAGAGGAUAUUAUGUAUGAUAUCAUGGAGUCAGGUCCAGUACAGGCUGUAAUGACGGUGUACCAAGAUUUCUUCCACUACCGUGAUGGUAUCUACCGACGAAGCAGACAUGGGGACAAUCGUAUGAAUGGUCUUCACAGCGUGAGGAUUAUUGGAUGGGGUGAGGAGAGAGGCGACAAAUAUUGGACGGUAGCCAACAGUUGGGGCACGGAAUGGGGUGAGAACGGCUACUUCCGCAUCGCCAGAGGAGUGGACGAAUCUGAUAUCGAAUCAUUCGUCGUUACCGUGCUGAGUGACGUCACGGAAGCCAACCAGAAGAAAUAACAGAGGACCCACCUCAUCACUCCCCUGUGCGUAGUCACGAAGACUAUAAAAACCAGCAGAGGACUGAUUCUCUUGAAUACGACACGAGAUUUUGGUUAAUGUGAUAUUUGAAGGUUAUCGUUUAUAUUGGGUGACAUUUAAGCUGUCAAAAAUUUGCUUCAAAAUAACUAUAAUGUUUUUUACACAUACACUUAUUUAAGUUGGAUAAAAACAGUUUAAAACUUAUCAAGACCUUCCUUUGAUUAUAAUUCCCAUUUUAAUCUGAAAAAUUUAUAUAACUAUUAUUGUAUUAAAUUAAUAUUUAAAUGGUUGUUUUGCUAAGCUAAUCUUCAGUGUGACUUGCUUUAUAUUAAGUUAUUACUUAAUACUUAAGAUAGACUAAGGAAUGUAAAACUUUGUGACAGCUUCUUAUCGAAAAAUAUGUCUACGAUAUUAAGCUUAGUUAAUAUUAAAUAGCUAUAAGUUACGUUAAGAUCGUGGACCAUGCGUGGAGCUUUUAUAAUUUACAAAAAUGUCAGAAAAUCUGUCAGCCAAAAACCUUAUUUCUAUCAAGAGAUUUUUACUAGACAACUGGGGUCUUAUGCAAAUUACGUUGAAUAAUAUUAAAAUUCAAUACUAGUAAGUGGUCUACGCUCUACGGUAAAAACCCAUAUUUUUAGACUAUUUAAUCAGCACUGCCUUAAGGCCUAUAAGCAUAGCUUUAAUCUAUCAAUUAAUGGUGCGUAACGUCAGUGUCCUGGAACCUGUCAAACCGUUUCACUGUCAAGUUUGACAUUUAGCGCCUAGACAAGAUGUGUCAUUUAAGAAAACGAUACUUAAAGUAAUUAAAUAGUUUCAUUUAAAUUUAGUAGUUUCAUCUAGCGUAGUGUUUCCCAAAGUGGGGACCACACCACAUAAUUUGAUUGUUAAGGGGCAAUUUGAAAAUUUAUUAAAAUUAUUAUUAUUUUAAUUUGAAUUUCAGUUUUUAUGUUUUAAAAAUUACUUAGUUUCGUUAACGAUUUCCUAGUAAUUUCUUACAAAUGCCUAUCUUUUAAGUUUUUUAUUAUUAAGAAUUAUGUAUAAAAACAUAAUUUGAGAAAGGCAUAGGUGAGGCAUGGCCCAAAAAAGGUUGGGAAACACUGAUCCCUUUAAUGACAUAUUCGAAGAAUUCGAAUUCUCAAUGUCAAGACAUUAGUGAUAUGAAAACAUCUAAAUGGAAUGUAAUCUGAUAAGGCAUUUGAAGACUUCCUUUGAUGUUGCCUUUAUAUCGAAAUGAAACCAUCAAAACUAUGUUAACAAUAACAUGUUUAUCUUCAGGACUUCCCAGUCAAUCAUUAACAUUUGUUUAUUUACAAUGCCAAAAUAUGUUCUAAGAAUAAAUCAUAUGAAAUAGAAGAAAUAUGUUAGCCAAAUACUCUAAUUCUCAAUUUUGAAUUUAAACAGUUUUUUAAUCACUAAAAUUUGUGACUUGUUUAGAACAUAUUUUUUUAAGAACAUUUAAAUGCGCACAUUACUUGUAAAAGUUUAAAAUUGAAACAAAUGCUUUAUAGUAAUUUAUUUAACCAACUGCCAUUUUCAAUGUUAUGAUUACAUACUUAAAACUAGUCUUAGUGACAACGUAACAUUAGCCUUAGGAAAUAUAUCUCAUAGACAAUAACUAUUUUAUUACACAAUUUAAUGGAAUGCACAGUUUUAUCGCAAUAAGGAAAUGUAUAUUUUAUUAAGUUUAAUAAAAAUUAAAAAUGU